AUGGAUUUAUCAUCUCUCCCAAGAGGUUAUUGGUUGGGGGAUGAUUAUCUCGUACAACUUGGAGGCUUUUGGUUUAGGCCUCAAUUCGUGAAGCCAAUGAAAAGAGUGAUCAAUCAUUACAAUCCACUUCCUAGCGAUGUGAUCAUGGUCACUUCUCCUAAAACAGGCACCACUUGGCUCAAAUCUCUUCUCUAUUCCAUCCUCAACCGAUCUUCCAAGCAUAAGUUGGCCGUCCAACACCCCCACGAACUUGUUCCCUUCUUGGAGGUACAAGUUUUCGCGGAGUCUGAUGAGCCGCCAGUUCUAGCGGCCCCAUCACACGGGCCUCGCUUAUUCGCCACGCACAUCCCUUAUCAGCUCCUAGCCCAAACCCUAGAUUCUUGUCCAUGUAAGGUUGUUUACUUGACACGGAACCCCAAGGACACCCUCGUCUCCUUGUGGCAUUUUGUGAGGAAGUGGAACAUGGAGAAGCCAACUGAGUCAUGGCCCCUCGAUGAGGCAACGGACACGUUCUGUCGUGGCGUCACCCCAUUCGGGCCCUACUAUGAUCAUGUGAUUGGGUACAGAGAGCUGAGCAUGAAAAGGCCCCAGAAUGUCAUGUUUCUCACUUACGAGGAGAUGAUGGAAGAUACACAUGGUCAUGUCAAGAAACUGGGCGAUUUCUCACUUAGGAUCUCCAUUUCAAGAAGAAGAAGAAGAUGA